GCAUAGAUUGCAAGUUUGUCUUGUAAAAGAGCAAAUGCUUGAGCUGAGGUAUUUUAGACCGUAUCAACAUGACGCGCGCAGCCUCAUGCACGUAUUCAACACAUCGAGCGCAUAUUUUGAUAUCUACUGAUAUUUCAGAGUAUGUGGGAUCGGUUACGCUUUUUAUUAUAAUGUGUCAUGGAUAUGGCGAAGAAAUACACGUAAACUUGCAAGGAUUCUGUUGAGCUGCUCAGACUCAUCUGCUGGUGUUAAAGCAGGAUAACCGGCUGUGGAAUGGCUUUGCUGACCUUGCACAGAACGCAGUCUAUUUGCACAACACCGGAUGAGCCUAUUCCAAGAAGAGGUAGACUUCAGAAAAGAGAAAGUUUUGCCCUGGUUAAGGGGGCAGUGCUCCUGGUGGGAGAAGGAGAGAGGGAGGGAUUGCAAGAAGAAACCGUACCCUCUCUGCUAGGUCCUAGACAAGGAGGCCGAGCCUCUGACACUCAACACAGACAUUUGCAUGCAAUGAUUUCGUUACUACGACCGGAGGACACAGUCAAACUGGCUGUGCGUUUGGAGUCAGUGAGCCCAGUCAGAGUGAGGUAUUUGCUUAUCGUUGGCACACUUAUCAAAAAACAGGAGAGUCUACUACUUGGCAUAGACUUCCCAGGCUCAAACAGUAAUGAGUGCACUAUUGGACUUGUCUUGCCAAUAUGGAGUGACACACAGGUUUACCUAGAUGGAGAUGGAGGUUUCAGUGUGACAUCUGCAGAAGUGACACGAAUCUUUAAGCCUGUGUCCAUUCAGACGUUGUGGUCUGUGUUGCAGGCGCUGCAUGGCUGCUGUGAACGGGCCGUACGUGGGGCUGUCAUACCUGGCUGUGGACUGGAGUGGGCACAACAUUACAGAGAGAAUGUGGAAUCUGACCAGCACUGCCUUAAUGAAUGGGCGGCCAUGACUGGCCUGGAGUCAGUCAGGAAGGACACUGUAGGGCGAUUGGCAUCAAAUCGGGAGUCAGUAGAGAGGGAGAUCAAAACCCAGCUACGAGAUAUCAUGAGGACUGAGGACUUGGAAAACAUUACCUCUAAGCAGGUGCGAACAGCCCUGGAGUCCAAAUUAGGCACCGACAUGAAAGACUACAAGGAGUAUAUUGACAAUGAGAUGAUGGUCACGAUGGCACAGAUGGACAAACCUUCCAGAAUCUUGGACUACCUUUACUUGGGUUCCGAAUGGAAUGCUGCCAACUUUGAAGAACUACAGAAGAACAAUGUGGGCUACAUCCUCAACGUUACCAAGGAGAUUGACAACUUUUUCCCAGAAUCCUUCACCUAUAUGAAUAUCAGAGUUUACGAUGUGGAGGCGACCGACCUACUCUCACACUGGCCCAACACAUACACGUUCAUCAGUGACGCGAGGAAGCGUGGACAGGCCAUACUGGUCCAUUGUAAGAUGGGCGUCUCUCGCUCUGCCUCCACAGUAAUUGCUUACCUGAUGAAGCAGCAGGGCUGGACAUUAGAGCAGGCCCUCCACCACGUGAGAGAAAGACGGCCUAUAGUGCAGCCCAAUGAAGGUUUCCUCAAACAGCUGCAUACAUACAGCGGCAUCCUCAAUGCCAGUAAACAGCGCCACAGUGACCUCUGGAGGAAGAAGUCCAAGCCAGACAUCCGUCAGCCAUCUGUCCACGAUGAAGCAGCUGCAGGGAGUGAACAUGAACAGAAAGAGGAAGAAGAGGAGGACUUAGUAAGCCUAGAAGAGGAAAGCAGUAACGAGGAGGAGGAAAGAGAUACCUUUGAUGAGCAGUUGGAUGAGAGUGUUCCUGACGCGUAUGGGGCAGAUACAGCUACAUCCAACCCACUUAUUACAGUACAAGAAAGUGAUAAGGUGUCGACUAGCCCCUGCAGAAGUGGCAGGAUGGAUUUGUUCUCUCUAAUGCAGUCUAUUCAGCUUGACGAUGAUGACCGAGGGAUCGAUGAAAUCAAUGCAGGUCUGUCUCCUGCGCAACAUAGACGGAGUCACGGAAAAAGAAGCUUGACUCAUCAGAGAGCGCAUGUUGAUGUUUCUCCUGAGCCGAGCAGCAGACAGGCACAGAACAGCAGCCAGGAUGAAGCUGGUCUCUGAAGCACUUUAAAAAAGGGCCGUGUUAGGAAAUCUGGAGAGGGGGGAAUAAAAAAGUGAGGAAAAGGUGAGGAAAAAGAACACCCAUAGGGAAACUCUUGCACAAGUCUUAUCCUCCUGAUUGUAUCAUUUCAAGUUCUAUGAAAAGUCAUUGCAGAAUAAAAUUAAGGAAUUUAUUCAUAUAGAUGCUUUAUUAGGUAAUUUUACUAUAUUUAAUAUUCAACACAUGAAAGCACAUGGUUACAUAUCAAUGGAUGUCUCACAGAUUUUCUCUUGCCUGUCCAUCUAGCCCAAAACUCUUAAACUGUGGUCAGUUUUAGGUGGAUUGUUGAAAAAUAAUAAUAAUAAUAAUAAUGAUCUAUAAUGGCCGGUUUCUUUCAGCCACCCCUUGUCAAGUGAGUAUUGUUAAAGGAACUGUUUUCCUCAGAGCACUAUCAUUCAAAAUGUCACAUUGUGCCUUUUGAAAUAUCUGUGUCCUUUUGCACCUUCAUACUGAGCCAUACAAUUCAGUUUACUUCACAGAUUUUAAUAUGGUAUUAUAGUGUGAGUGGAGUGUUUCUCUGGCUGUUAUCUCUCAUGUCAUUAUUAUACAGAACCAUGAACUAUUUCUCUCUAUAGCGUUGUUUCAUGUUGUUUUUAAUAAAUUAAUAAGAGUGUGAUUGACACAUUUUAGGAGUCCUAUGCAAUAAUCUACUUUAUAGCUGUUUCUUCUCCAAGAAUGUGAAGCUUUAUGCUGCCUCCGUAGAGAUCAGUGAGUGAAAAAGUGAAGAGGAAGCAAUCAAGGAUUUAAACUUAAAUUUCAUGUACACUACCAUUCAAAAAUCUGGGGUCAUUAAGAAAUCUGUGCUUUUUAUUCAGCAAGGACGCAUUGAAUUGAUCGAAAAUUAUGUUUAUAACUUUUUUUUUGUUUAAAUUUUGUUUUUGUUUUUCUAUUUAAAAAAAAAUCAGUUACCAAAAAAAAUGUUAGCACAACUGUUCUCAACAUUAAUGAUAAUAAGAAAUGAUUUUGAGCACCAAAUCCGCAUAUUACAAUUUCUAAAGGAUAAUGUGAGAUUAAAGAUCGGUUCAAUGGGCUGUUGAAAAUGUACCUUUGGCAUUACAGAUGUAAAUUACUUUUAUUUUAUAAAUGAAAAACCUGUUAUAAUAUGCAAUAAUAUUACACAUAAUAUUACUGUUUUUUUUUUUUUUUUAAGUUUUUUUUUUUUAUCAGAUAAAUGCAGCCUUGGUGACUCCAAACUUUUGAACGGUUGUGCAGUUUCUAGACAGUGAUGUAGUUACUCAUGCUAUAUCAUAGGUUUUUAACACUUGGAGCUAUUUUCAUAUUAAGCAGGCGUUGUUUAAUAUUUGUUUUUAACCUUUACAGUAUGCAGGAAACAAAACCUGAGAAGAAUAUCUUUUCUUUAGAAAAAAAAAGUGUGCCAGUUAUUUAACCUUCUCUGCGGUUUCAAUCAUUCUGCAUGGUUCAGUGCCUUUAGUUGAUAGAGGUGGACCACAAUAACUACAUUCGUUGGUUUUAAUAUUCGUGCAGUUAAAACUAACACAGCUAACUCCUACAUAUUACGUGUCUUUAGCUACAGGGGUGGUUGAUUUGUGUCUUUGCAUGAUAUCUCAAGUCUGUAUGCAUGCUGUUUGUACUGUAUGUAAGCCUUUUUGUGAAGCAUGAGUCCUGUAUACAAUCUGCUGUAAAACGUUGAAAUGUGUAAACUGUCAUUGCACAAAGUGCCAAUGUUGUGAAACCAAAGUUAUGUUGUCGAAUGUUCCUUGUAUUGAGGCGCCGCUGGUUUUGUAGUUCUUUUCCACAUGAGAAUGUUUUAAAUUAUGUAUUAGCGAUAGAUAAUGACCUACAGCCUUCAAAAUGCUGAUUUUCCUCAUCUUAUGUAUAAUGUGCCAUGCCUUAUCGACUUCGAAAACGGUUUAUAACAUUUUAUUCUGAUGUAACUAGAUUUUCCAUUGUUGGUAUCGUUAAAUAUCAAGACAGGGUAAUGCUUUUUCUAUUUAUGACUGAUCUGAACUUAUAUCUUUUUAAUUUGAUAUACAUUGUUGUCUGUGCUAUGAAAAAAUUUAAAUGAAUUUAUAAAGGUGGCUUGAGAAAUGUCUAAAGGAAACUAAAA